AUGGUAACGGUGACGAUGACAGUAAUGAUAACGACCAUGGUCAUGGUAAUGAUGAUGGUAACAGUGACAGUUAUAGUUACUGUGACGGUAACAAUAACUGUAAUGGUAUCAGUGAUGGUAACAAUAACGGAAAUAGUAAUGGUAACGAUAAUGGUGGUGGUAAAAAUAACGGUAACAAUAACGGGUGACUGUAACUUUAAUGGUAACAAUAACGGUGAUGGUGAUCGUAAUAAUAAUAAUAAGGGUGAUGGUGAUGGUGACAGUGAUGAUGACAGUAAUCGUAAGAGUAACGAUAAUGGUGACGGUAACCGUAACAGUAACAAUAACGAUAACGGUGAUGAUCGUUAUAGUAACAGUGACGAUAAUGGUUACGGUUACGGUAAUGGUGAUGGUAACGGUCACAGUAACGGUGACGGUAACAAUAUCAGUAACGCUAAUGGUAACGGUCACGGUAAAGGUGAUGAUAACAAUAAUGGUUAUUGUAAUGGUAAUGGAGACAGUAACGAUGAUGAUAAAGGUAACGAGGACGGUAACGGUUACGGUGACGGUAACGGUAAUGGUGACCGUGACAGUAAUAAUAAUGGUGGUGGUGACGGUGGUGGUAAUAGUGACUACAAUGGUAAAGGUGACGACAACAGUUACGGUGACGUGGUAACGGUGACGGUAACGGUAACGAUGAUGACAAUGGUAACAGUAACGAUGAAAGUAAUGGUAGCAGUGACAGUAAUAGUAACGGUGACGGUAACAGCAACAAUGACGAUAACGGUGACAAUAACAGUAACAGUGAUCGUAACGGUGACUUUAACAGUUACGGAUAAUGGUAAUGAUAACAAUAACGGUAAUGGUGACGGUGAUAGUGACGGUUAUAGUAUCGGUAAUAGUCACAAUAAUGGUGAUGGUAACGUUGUCGGUAAUGAUAACGGUAAUGGUAACGGUGAUGGUGACGAUAAUGGUGACGGUAAGGGUGACAAUAAUUGUUAUGAUGAUGGUAAAGGUAAUGGUUAUGGUAACGAUGAUAGUAACCAUCACGGUCACAGUCACGGUAAUAGUGAUGGUAAUGGUGAUAGUAAUGGUGACGGUGACAAUAAUGAUGAUGCUAAUGGUGAUGGUGACGGUCACAAUGACGUUAACGAUGACGGUAAGGGUGACGGUGACGAUGACGGUAACUGUAACGGAAAGGGUGACGAUAAGGGUCAUGAUGAUGGUAAUAGUGAUGGUGAUGGUAAUGGUGACGAUUAUGUAGAAGGUCACAGUAACGGUGAUGGUAACGGUAACAAUAUCAGUAAUGGUGAUUGUAACGAUCAUAGUAAUGGUGACGGUAACAAUAUCAGUAAUGGUAAAAGUAAUGCUAACGGUCACAAUAAAGGUGACGAUAAUAGUAACGGUAAUUGUAACUGUAACGGAGAUGGUAAUGAUGACAGAAAUGGCGACAAUAAAUGUGACAAUGACGGUAACGGUAAUGGUGACCAUGACAGUAAUAAUAACGGUGGUGGUAAUAGUGACUAUAACGGUAAAGUUGACGGUAACGGUUAUGUUGACGGUAAGGGUAACGAUAAGGGUAAUGGUGACGAUGAUGGUGAAGGUGAUUGUAACGGUAACAGUAAGGGUGACGGUGAUGAGGAUGGUAACGGUAACGAUAUCAUGGAUGGUAAUGGUAAUGGUAACGGUGACGGUAACGGUAACGGUGACGGCAAUGGUAACAGUAAUAGUAAUCGUAACAGUAACAGUAAUAGUGACAAUAACAGUGACUGUAAUAAUAACGGUGAAGGUAAUGGCAGCAGUGACGGUAACAGUAACAGUGACGGUGAUUGUAACGAUAACAGUAAGGGUGACGGUGAUGAGGAUGGGGAUGGUAACGGUAACGGUAACGAUAUCAUGGAUGGUAAUGGUAAUGGUGAUGGUAACGGUAACGGUGACGGCAAUGGUAACAGUAAUAGUAAUCGUAACAGUAACAAUAACAGUGACAGUAACAAUGACGGUAACAAUAACGGUGAAGGUAAUGGCAGCAGUGACGGUAACAGUAAUGGUGACGGUAAUAGCAACAAUGACAAUAAUGGUGAUAGUAACGGUAACAGUGAUGGUAACGGUAAUGAUAACAAUGACGGUGACGAUGACUGUAACUGUAAUGGAAAGGGUGACGAUAAUGGUCAUGAUGAUGGUAACGGUGACGGUGAUGAUAACGGUGACGAUUACGUAGAAGGUCAUGGUAACAGUGAUGGUAACAGUUACGAUGACAGUAACGGUAACGACGAUGGUAAUUAUGACACUAAUGGCUAG